AUGGUGGAUUUAGAGAGCGAAGUGCCCCCUCUGCCUCCCAGGUACAGGUUUCGGGAUCUGCUGCUGGGAGACCAAGGAUGGCAAAACGACGACAGGGUACAAGUUGAGUUCUAUAUGAAUGAAAAUACAUUUAAAGAGAGACUGAAGUUAUUUUUCAUUAAAAAUCAGAGGUCAAGCCUAAGAAUACGACUGUUCAAUUUUUCACUCAAAUUAUUAAGCUGCUUGUUAUACAUAAUCAGAGUGCUGCUAGAAAACCCUUCACAAGGAAAUGACUGGUCUCAUAUCUUUUGGGUGAACAGAAGUCUUCCUUUAUGGGGCUUACAGGUUUCAGUGGCAUUGAUAAGUCUUCUUGAAACAAUACUACUUGGUUAUCUCAGUUAUAAGGGAAACAUCUGGGAACAGAUUUUACGAAUACCUUUCAUUUUGGAAAUAAUUAAUGCAGUUCCCUUCAUUAUAUCGAUAUUCUGGCCUCCCUUAAGGAAUCUUUUUGUCCCAGUCUUUCUAAACUGUUGGCUUGCCAAACAUGUCUUAGAAAAUAUGAUUAAUGAUCUACACAGAGCCAUUCAGCGUACCCAGUCUGCCAUGUUUAAUCAAGUUUUGAUUUUAAUAUCUACAUUGCUAUGCCUUAUCUUCACCUGCAUUUGUGGAAUCCAGCAUCUGGAACGAAUAGGAAAGAAGCUGAAUCUCUUUGACUCCCUUUAUUUCUGCAUUGUUACAUUUUCUACUGUGGGAUUUGGGGAUGUCACACCUGAAACAUGGUCCUCCAAGCUUUUUGUUGUUGCUAUGAUCUGUGUGGCUCUUGUGGUUCUACCCAUACAGGUUGAACAACUGGCCUAUUUGUGGAUGGAGAGACAAAAGUCCGGCGGAAAUUAUAGUAGACACAGAGCACAAACUGAAAAACAUGUUGUUCUUUGCGUCAGCUCUUUGAAGAUUGAUUUGCUCAUGGAUUUUUUAAAUGAAUUCUAUGCUCAUCCAAGACUACAGGAUUAUUAUGUGGUGAUUUUGUGUCCUACCGAAAUGGAUGUGCAAGUUCGAAGGAUACUACAAAUUCCAAUGUGGUCACAAAGAGUUAUCUAUCUUCAAGGUUCAGCUCUUAAAGAUCAGGAUUUGUUGCGAGCAAAGAUGGAUGAUGCAGAGGCCUGUUUUAUUCUGAGCAGUCGCUGUGAAGUGGAUAGGACGUCAUCUGACCACCAAACAAUUUUGAGAGCAUGGGCUGUAAAAGACUUUGCACCAAACUGUCCUUUGUAUGUUCAGAUAUUAAAGCCUGAAAACAAAUUUCAUAUCAAAUUUGCUGAUCAUGUUGUUUGUGAAGAAGAGUUUAAAUACGCCAUGUUAGCUUUAAACUGUAUAUGCCCAGCAACAUCUACACUUAUUACACUACUGGUUCAUACCUCUAGAGGGCAAGAAGGUCAGCAGUCACCAGAACAGUGGCAGAAGAUGUAUGGUAGAUGCUCUGGGAACGAAGUAUACCACAUUGUUUUGGAAGAGAGUACAUUUUUUGCUGAAUAUGAAGGAAAGAGUUUUACAUAUGCCUCUUUCCAUGCACAUAAAAAGUUUGGUGUCUGCUUGAUUGGUGUUAGAAGGGAAGACAAUAAAAACAUACUGAUGAAUCCAGGUCCUCGGUAUAUUAUGAAUGCUAGUGAUAUAUGUUUUUAUAUUAAUAUUACCAAAGAAGAGAAUUCAGCAUUUAAAAAUCAAGACCAGCAGAAACAAAGCAAUUCAUCAAGCUCAUUUUAUCAUGGGCCAUCUAGAUUGCCUGUACAUAGUAUAAUUGCCAGCAUGGGUACUGUGGCUAUAGACUUGCAAGACACAAGUUGUAGAUCAGCAAGUGGCCCUACCCUGUCUCUUCCUGCAGAGGGGAACAAAGAAAUCAGAAGACCUAGCAUUGCGCCUGUUUUAGAGGUUGCAGAUGUGUCAUCAAUUCAAACAUGUGAUCUUCUAAGCGAUCAAUCAGAAGAUGAAGCUACACCAGAUGAAGACAUUUCCUCUAACUUAGAAUAUGCUAAAGGCUAUCCACCCUAUUCUCCAUAUAUAGGAAGCUCACCCACUUUUUGUCAUCUUCUUCAUGAAAAAAUGCCAUUUUGCUGCUUAAGAUUAGACAAGAGUUGCCAGCAUAACUACUAUGAGGACGCAAAAGCCUAUGGAUUCAAAAAUAAACUAAUUAUAGUUGCAGCUGAAACAGCUGGAAAUGGAUUGUAUAAUUUUAUUGUUCCUCUCAGGGCAUAUUAUAGACCAAAGAAAGAACUUAAUCCUAUAGUACUGCUAUUGGAUAACCCGCCAGAUAUGCAUUUUCUGGAUGCAAUCUGUUGGUUUCCAAUGGUUUACUACAUGGUGGGCUCUAUUGACAACCUAGAUGAUUUACUCAGGUGUGGCGUGACCUUCGCUGCCAACAUGGUGGUUGUGGACAAAGAGAGCACCAUGAGUGCAGAGGAAGACUACAUGGCCGACGCCAAGACGAUUGUGAACGUGCAGACGCUUUUCAGGUUAUUUUCCAGUCUCAGUAUUAUCACUGAGCUUACACACCCAGCCAACAUGAGGUUCAUGCAAUUCAGAGCCAAAGACUGUUACUCUCUUGCCCUAUCAAAACUGGAAAAGAAAGAACGAGAGAGAGGUUCCAAUUUGGCCUUCAUGUUUCGACUGCCUUUUGCUGCUGGGCGGGUGUUUAGCAUCAGCAUGUUGGACACGCUUCUGUAUCAGUCCUUUGUGAAGGAUUACAUGAUUUCUAUCACCAGACUUCUGUUAGGAUUGGACACUACACCAGGAUCAGGGUUUCUUUGUUCUAUGAAAAUCACUGAAGAUGACCUAUGGAUCAGAACUUAUGCCAGACUUUAUCAGAAGUUGUGUUCUUCUACUGGGGAUGUACCCAUUGGAAUCUACAGGACUGAAUCUCAGAAACUUGCUACAUCUGAGUUUCGAGAAAUAACAUCACAAUCUCAAAUAUCUAUCAGUGUAGAAGAAUGGGAAGACACCAAAGACUCCAAAGAGCAAGGUCAUCACCGAAGCAACCACCACCGCAAUUCAACGUCCAGUGACCAGUCCGACCAUCCCUUACUGCGGAGAAAGAGUAUGCAAUGGGCCAGAAGACUGAGCAGAAAAGGUCCUAAGCACUCCGGCAAAACAGCUGAGAAAAUAACCCAGCAGCGGCUGAACCUCUACAGGAGGUCUGAAAGACAAGAGCUUGCUGAACUUGUGAAAAAUAGAAUGAAACACUUGGGUCUUUCUACAGUGGGAUAUGAUGAAAUGAAUGAUCAUCAGAGUACCCUCUCCUACAUCCUGAUUAACCCAUCUCCAGACACCAGACUGGAGCUGAACGAUGUUGUGUACUUAAUACGACCAGAUCCACUGGCAUAUCUUCCAAAUAGUGAGCCCAGUCGAAAAAAUAGCAUCUGCAAUGCCAGUGGGCAAGAUUCUCGGGAGGAAACUCAGCUUUGAUAAAAUGAAGAUAAUAUUUUUAAUCCUUCAACUAUCUUGCUUUAAACAACUCUAAACCUUAGGGGGGGGAUGUUACUGGCUUGAAAAACUAGAUUGGAAAUAUAUUCAGUUCUUACAUUUUAAAAAGUCUACUCUCUAAUAAGUAUAGAUUAUUAUGAAAUUUAAUGGACAACUUAUUGGAAUGAUUUUGAAAAGCUAAAACAUGAAAGUUUGAAUCGGAUAGUUCAUAGUCCACAAUGUAUGAUGCCAAUAUUUUAAGUAUUAAGGUAUUAUGGAAGUAAACUAAAAAUCCAACUAGAUUUGAUGCAUCACAAUGGACACAGAAGAUUGUUGUUCCUCUUAAAAUUUAAAAGUCAUACUCUGUUCUUUAAAUUUCUGUUUUAUAAAAUAAAGCUCAUCAUAAAUGUCUAGUCUUCUCUACACAGAGACUGACAGACUUGUGUAGUUGACUGUUGUGUACAAUCAUAGUUUGCAUUAGACUAUAAAUCUUUUAGUCAUUUUAAAUUUUUUGUUGCCUCUUCCUGUGAUACCAUUUUAGAACUUGAGAUGUUCACAGCAUGUUUUACUAUUUUGAAGAAACCAAAAGAAACAAAAACUUAUCAAAUAGCUGAAACUUUGGUAACUCUAUGUCUGACACAUAUUGUAUUCCAAGAAAAGUAUACCAAAAAUAAAUAUUUAUUGUUCUCCUAAAAGAAUACUUACAUAGAUAAUACUUAAACCACAUUUGCUUUCUUGAAUUUAAUCCACGGAUGGAAACAUUAACUCAAUAUACGAUAAUGAUUUCCAUUGUAUUCUUAGACUUAAAUAUUUUCAUACACUUAUGCUUCACUAGAAAAUUAUUCUUAAAUUCAAAAAAUCAAAAUUCCAUACCAUUUAUAAAAUACAAAGAUAUUGCAAAAUGUCUUUAUACCUUAGUAUUAAAAUAACUGUGCACUCACUAAAUGGUAGUUUAGCACUUACUGAUUUAAUUUUGAAAUCAUUAGCUAGGUUUUGACAGUAAGUAAAAAGAAUGUAAUGAAGUUAGAUUCCUUUUGCAAUUUAAAUUCAAUAAAAAUCAUGCAGUUUGACACAUAUAAGUUGAAUUUAUGCCAUUGCUUUUGUUGGUUUUGCUUUAUCCCUGACACAAGAAGACUGAAAAGCACAAGACUAUCAUUUGCCAGGUAACUGAACUGUGUUGUUAUUCCCAUAGAGAGACUUUGGUAUAUUUUUCUUCUAAUUUGAUAUUUUUCUUUAUGCUUAAUUUGACGGUGAGUUUUAGUUCAGCAUAAAAUAGGAUAUAAGAGAGAUGUUUUAUUCUUUUCACAAAGAAGUAGGUAAAUUAGAAGGAAAACAAGAUCUUGAAAAACAUAAAAAUGUCUAACAUUCUCCCCAAUAACUCUAUGGAAAUUAAAAUGAAAAACAAAGUAGGAAAUUAAAAAUCAUAGCCACUGUGUGUAUUUUGCCUGGGGAAUAUGAAAAGCCUAAUUUUUGUCUUUUAAUAUUUUAUAUUAUCCUCACUUUAGAAUAACAAGAACACCAAGAAUUCCCCUAAAACAGAGAAUACCUAUCUGUCAUUUGUUUUAAUCAGACACAGGUAAAGUUUGUAAUAAGCUACUUAAAAUUGCAAGCAUAACUUAAAUCAUUGAUUGUUUGCAUUGUAUGUGUAUAUAUGUUUAAAAAUUACAUGGAAUAUAUUUGUCACGUGUACCUGUUCACAUGUAAAUUGUUUAAACUAAAAACAGAAUUGAAGUAAUAUAUGUAAUGGAGUAGAAUAAUAACUUUUUCACAUUUGGCAUCAGUAGUUAAAUAUGAUACUUCUUUGAUUGCCAUCACUUUGCUCCAUUACAGCUAUUUUUGGGAACAAAUGUAAGAUUUAACAAAUCUUCUGUUUCCCCAGAAGAGCUCAAGUUUAGUAUUUUUGCAUCAUGACAGUUGUUAAGACUUGGAUUUUAAGCUAGGACAUGACUAUAUUUCCUAUAAAACUGAAAAUUUUGUUUCAUAAAUUUUACAAUAAUUAUUUUUGAUUAUAAAUAGUAGCCCAAAUUUAAUAUUUGACACAAUUCAUAUUAGCUUGCUAUAAUAAAAAUAGUUUGUUAGUCUUCUGUUAUUUAAAGAAUAAACAUGCUUAUAAAAGCCUUUUAACAAACUGUUGCCUUUAUAAGAUAAUUAUACUUGCACAUAAAAAUGAAACAUAAAAUCAACAAUAGUCCCUGUUACCCUAUGGGAAUUGGUUUGGUUUAUUGUCUAUGUACCAUUUUUGCUACAGUUAUAAUAAAUUGCUUUAAAAUAAAUAAU